AUGUGUUUCGGCGGAUCCAGACGCAGAACCUACGGCGGCGGCGGUGGCAUGAUGGGCGGUCCCCGCCCGGCGGUCGUGCAAACCCACCACCACCACCACGGUGGCGGCAUGGGAGGCGGCGGAAUGAUGGGCGGCGGCGGCCGGGGCUGUGGGCCCCGCUCCGGCUUCGGCGGCGGCGGCGGUUUCGGCAGACGCGGUAUGGGCGGCAUGGGCGGUGGCGGCAUGAUGGGUGGCGGCCGCCGACGGUGCUAG